CUGUGUGUGUUCUAUACUUUCUAGCUCCUGUCACUUUUGCCUUCCCAGUUUUGAAGCCAUGUCCACCUCUAGAACCCUAGAUUCUUCCUCUUCUUCUUCUUCUUCUUCAUCACCAUCCUUCAAGGGCUAUGAAGCAAACCAGACCCAGAUGGUUCUGUCUCUACUUCAGAGAAACACAUCUCCUUGUGCUGGUGAGAAAAGAGGCAGAAGGAAGCAAUCAGAACCGGGAAGGUUUCUUGGUGUCAGAAGAAGACCUUGGGGAAGAUACGCUGCAGAAAUAAGGGACCCCACAACUAAAGAAAGGCAUUGGCUUGGAACUUUUGACACUGCACAAGAAGCUGCGCUGGCUUAUGACAGAGCUGCUCUGUCCAUGAAAGGAGGCCAAGCAAGAACAAAUUUUAUAUAUUCUGACACUAACACUACUUUUCAAACUCUUCUUUCUCCUUUAGAUGGUCAAGCUCUUUUACCAACCUAUCAGAGUAGUGCUAGUGCAGUAUCUGAUAUGCAUCAUCCUAAUCCUUCUCAUUCCACCCACCUUCAUCAGAUUGAGCCUAAUCUUCCUACCCAGAUGAACAACGACAUGCCUGAAACUGAAAACUCUUUCUUGUUUCCCAGUGAUUCUAACUCAGGAUACUUGGAAUGUGUGGUUCCUGAUAACUGUCUCAGAAGGAGUAAUGAGAGUGCUUCAAGUGAGCAAAAGGGCCAAUCUCAACAACAAGGCAUCAAUAUACCAACAGUGGCCUGUGAAAGUUCAGAUUUUUCUUCAUACCCAGAUGAAAUCUCUCAGGGACUGUCAUGGGAUUCUGAUUGCAGUGAGCUUUCUGCUAUGUUCAAGAGCAACCCAAUGAGGGUUGAAGAAGAUGGGUGCUUCAAUGGGAGUACUGGAUUCAGUUCAAGCUACGGACUAAUGACUGAUCAAUAUGGUUCUGGUUCAACUUCUUCAUAUGCCUUUGGAGAUGUUGAUAUGGGAUACUCCAUGUUCUGAGUUAGAUAAGUUUUCAAAGUGUCAUCGUGCUUUUUGGAUCUCUAGCAUUACAUUGCAUGCACUCGUACCUUUUUUUUUUUUUUGGAAGUUUCUUGUAACUUGAGUCCAUCUGCCAGCCUUUUCUUCUUCUAAUUAUAUAAUUAUAUAAUCCCUUUGUCGUGCUUUUGGGGCGAGUUCUUUUGUUCUUUACUCAGAUUUUAAGGAGGAAAAAUCAUACCCCUUUCCCUGCC